AUGAAUUAUAAUGAGAUAAAAAAUCAAGUGAAAACUAAGGGACUUGGAACUUAUCUGAAUAGUUUAUUUAAUGAUAAUAAUAUAAAUAUAAAAGAUCUAGUUAACACUUUAGAUAAUAAUAUAAACUUAGAAAAUAAAUCUAAUUUACAAAUUAAAAAAUUAUUAAAAAGUAGAUUAUUCUUAAUAAAAAGAGAAAAUGUAAUAACCUCAAAAGAUCUAAAUGACGCAAUAAAGUUAAUUGAGAAGUCGUCAAAGAUCGUUGUCGUAUCUGGUGCAGGGAUAUCUGUGAAUUGCGGUAUACCAGAUUUCAGAUCAAAAGGUGGACUCUAUGAUUCAAUCAAUAGCUUAAAAUUAACUGAAAUAAGUGAUCCACAGGAAAUUUUCAGUUAUUAUGUAUUCACUAAUCAUCCGAAACUGUUUUAUUCAAUCGUGAAAUCAAUCUUACCAUCAAAUUUCAGCCCUGGUAGAGCUCACUCUUUUAUAAAAGCUUUACAAGACAACGACAAAUUGUUACGUAAUUAUACUCAGAAUAUUGACACUUUGGAAAGGAAAGCUGGUAUAACAAAUCUAUUAGAAUGUCACGGGUCGUUCGCUUUCUUGGAAUGCUUGAGAUGUGAAAGGAUAUACAAUUCAGAUGACUUCUCAGAGAUGAUAACAAACGGUGAAAUUCCUGUCUGUACGGAGAAUUGCAAAAGAGAAUAUAAAAGAAGACGUCGCAAGCGCAAAAGCGAUCAAACUAGUACAGAUACUACUUUAGACAUAACAGAUGAAGCUAUCAUCAACUUCUUUGAUACCAAAAAUGAAGUUAUACCCUUUUUGAAACCCACAAUUACCUUCUUCGGAGAGGAUGUUCAUCCAGAUUACGAGCAAAACGUCCUUGAAGAUUCGCAAAUCGUUGAUUUGGUUUUAGUACUUGGCACAUCGAUGGCUGUUGCCCCAAUAUCUGAACUAUUAGCUCAUAUACCACAUAAAGUCCCUGUUAUUGUUAUUAAUAACACGCCGAUUAAAGCCAUUGAACCAGAUGUAUUUUUACAAGGAGACAUCGAUAAAAUUGUUAAUGAUAUUUCAAGCAAUCUCAAUCUCAACCAGCACUGAUAAUGUCUACGAAACUCACACACGCUUAGCAAUUUCAGCAUUUAUUUUCAGC